GUGCAGUUUUUGUUUUUUUUUAUAUUUUGACAUCCCAUGCACAUCAGAUCAUUUGGGACAAAAUAACUAAUUUGACAAUUUCUAAAAUAAAAACACUCCACCACUAAAUUGGCAAACACCGCAACUAGCAACGUAGUGAGACCAUUAGAAAAGAAAUCAUGACAUACGUGCACUAGUACCCCGGUCAUCGCCAGAAGGAAACGCACAACAAGUCCCGGUCAAGAACUCUGCACUCGCAGACUGUUUGUGGCGAUAGAAAUAGGAAGAAAACAGUAACGACCUCCCUCGGUGGCUGUUAUCAGUUUAUCAGUCUUUUCAUGAUCACUCCCGAAAGUGGCAGCGAUAGUACAACGAUAAUACCGGUAGUGGUUGUGUGGUUUUACACGUAGAAGCAUCCAUCGUACGGCCGUUGAAGUGCAUUUUUAUGUGAAUUGGCACAAGAUCGCCCAAGCUUGUGAAGAUGUCUUUCAAGGAUCUUGUCGAGCCGGAAUGUGGCGGAGCGAACCCGUUGAUGAACUUGGGCCGCCAGGUACGGCGUGAUGUUGGCCUACAGGACGAAGGUUUGGCAGGUGGGCGAAGUUCUUUCGCCGGAGCAGAUCGAGAGCUUGUAAAGGAAUAUAUGGACCAAAUAGCACCGGGUCCGCAAACCUUUCGCAUGGAUGAGCUGCUGAAGGAGAUGCGUGAAAUCGAUGCCCACAACCAUCGGCAGCAACAAAUGGUUGGGGUGGGUCGAUCAAUCGAUAUGGUGGGACCUGGUGGUGCAUGGGCCGAAGAGUUUCGUGCUGAUGCUGCCCACCCGAGAGAGGAAAGUAAGCUUUCGAGUGUCUGGUCCCAGUCGCAGUUGCCACCAAUUCACGCCAAUAUGCGAGACCCAACGAUUCAGCAGCCCACUAUUCGACAAGCGGCCAGUGACAUGAUGUACCACUCAUACGCUGGACAAAUGUACAAUCCAAACAUACGCCAAAGCGAGUUUGUACGCUUUAUGGGUAACGUAAGUGCGGGGAAUGUACGCAUCAACGCAGGAAGUGUCGAGGUGUCGCAUAGCGUAUGGGAGAACCGUUUCGAUGAACUGGAGGCAAGCUCGUCGAAAGGGAAAGUACAGCAGCAGGAGCAAAAACCGGACGAAACACAAAAGCAGGAGGAUGAUUGGGCCAAGGCAUUUGUGGACGAUAAGCAGGAGCAGGAUGAAGCCUCGGACAAUUACAAUAAGCAAUUCUGGGAGCGUCUGCAGGACGAAUGGCGAACGCUGUCGGAAGCGGAGGGCAAGCAUCCGUGGUUAUCUGAGUUUAAUGACUUCUACGAUCCCUUCAAGGAGUACAAAUUCGACGAAGAAAACCCGAUGGCGGACGUGGAGAAUGCGUUCGAAAAGGGUAAAGCUUUCCUGGAACAGGGUGACAUACCUAGUGCGGUCCUGUGCUUCGAGUCGGCCGUCAAACAGGAUCCGGAGAAUCCGGAAAUUUGGGAACAGCUAGGGUUUUCACAGGCAGAGAACGAGAAGGAUCCGAAUGCGAUCGCUGCAUUCAACAAGGCGCUUUCGUUUAAUCCCAACAACAUGCCCGUACUGAUGGCUUUAGCCAUCUCGUACACUAACGAGGUCCUGCAAAACCAGGCCCUUCGAAUGUUGGUGCGUUGGAUGAAGUGUAACCCGAAGUACGAACAUCUGGUACCGCCGGAGAUGCUCCAAACGGAGGACUCUCCCAUAGCCAGCUCGCUGAUGGGUGGACCAAAAUUGAAGGACGUGCAGGAACUCUUCAUAAAGGCGGUUCAGCAGUCACCAACCGAGAUCGAUGCGGACAUACAGGAAGCGCUCGGUGUGCUGUUCAAUCUUUCCUCUGAGUUUAACAAGGCAGUUGACUGUUUCAAUGCCGUGCUGCAGGUACGUCCGGAAAGUUCCAAAGCUUGGAAUCGGCUUGGCGCCAGCUUAGCCAACGGCAAUCGGUCAUUGGAAGCGGUUGAUGCGUAUCAACGUGCUCUCGCAUUCCAUCCUGGGUUUAUCCGCGCACGGUUCAACGUUGGCGUGAUUUGUGUCAAUCUGAAGGCGUACAAGGAAGCGGCAGAACAUCUACUGACGGCGUUGAACCUUCAGGCGAACUCAGCCGCCCGAUCCGGGUUGAAGGUGCAGUCGAUGUCUAAUCAAAUGUCCGGUGCGAUCUGGAGCUUGUUGCGCAUGGUGCUGUCGCUCAUGAAUCGGAAAGACUUGCAUACGGCUGUCGACAAACGAGAUCUGGAAGUGUUGAAUCGCGAGUUUCCGAUGAGCAACGACUAACGGACGGGUAAAUGCUGUCGCGGGCGAGGAUUGUUCGUGGUGAUGCGAAGCGUAGUUUAACAUUACAGCGUUGAUAUUUAGAAAAUCCCCCCAGCAGCGCUUCCCUUGCACUGCAGUGGGUGGAGGGUUAACGGGAAUUAGUGUAAGUGCAAAUUGAGACAAAGCGGAACGGGUGAAUGAUUUUAUCGCAACAACAACAAAAAACAUAAACGUUUGGGUGUUUGUAAAAGCGGGAUUUAUAUUAACUUUUACUUUGUUAUGAGAGAUUAUAUGUUUCUUUUUUUUGUAUUUUGCUAGCAAAAUUAUAAAGCGGGGAUGGAAUAUGCACCAACAGAGGAAAAACGUUACAUUGCAACUAUACUCUGCGUGCAUUCGUUUGGGCUUCGAUUGCAAGGCAAUUUAUUAUAAACGUACCUAAUCGUGGAGUCAUUUGUAGGAGGGCAAACACGCAAAGACGAAUAAAAGGCGAAAGAAGUCCUUAAAAAAUACUACUAGAAAAAUAUACACAUUUAAACGGUGCAAUACCUGG